AUGGGUGACCGAACAGACAUCGAGAAAUAUCAGGAAAUGGUGAAGCUACUGAUGGAUGAGAGAGAUGCGGAAAGGGCAGCCCGAGAGGCUUUGGAGAAGAAGAAUCAGGAAAUACAACCCGUGAUGAACAUGUUCAAUCAUGGGAAUAUGAUUACCUUUCCCGAAGGACCUCGUAUUGACGCUAACAAUUUCGAGUUACGCAUGCCCCUUAUUCAAAGGGUCGAGCAAACUCCUUUUGCAGGUAGGGCUACAGAGGAUGCCAAUCGCCAUCUCUCCAAAUUUGUGGAGAUCUCAAACACUCUCAAAUUGAACGGUGUCGAUGACGAUGCCAUAAGGGUAAGACUCUUCCCCUUUUCAUUAACUGAUUCUGCUAAAGAGUGGUUUGAAUGUAUGCCCAGAGAAAAGGUCUCCACAUGGAAGGACAUUGUAGCUGCCUUCCUCGACAAGUACUAUCCGUCGGGCACAAUUUUGAAGCUCAAAAGCGAGAUCUUCCAGUUCAUCCAAGGCCAUGACGAGCCCCUCUACGAGGCGUUUGCUCGUUUCAAAGCCCUUCUCCGAAAGUGCCCUAACCAUGGUUUCACCGUGGACCAUCAGGUAGGAAUUCUCUAUAAUGGGUUUAACGAGAAGAUUUGUGUUAUGCUUGAUUCAGGUGCAAAUGGAGGGUUCUUAAGGAAGUCAGGUGAGGAAGCCAUGGCGGUAAUAGAGGAAUUCGCCACCAACAGCAGGGGGUGGUCGAAAGAAAGGCAUAGCCUAAAAAGGAUAGCUGCAAUUGAAGAAGCCGAGGAAAGCUCUUUUGCGAAGGAAUUGGCCGAGCUUCGAGUUAGGGUGGACCAAAUGGAUUCAUCAAGGAAGGAGGACCCGAUUCCACCGACCUCCAUCAUAGCGGUCUCUAAACCCGAAACUCCUGCCCCGAUAGUGGAAGAAAUCAACUACAUGCAAGGAGGCGGUCCCAAUAGAAAUUACAACAAUAAUUAUCGCCCUAACCAGGGGGACGGAUUUAAUGUUAGCAAGGGAGGAGUAGUUGAAACAGCCAAGAAGGAGGAAAAGUAUGACCAAGGGAUCACAAGGAUCUUGGAAGUAAUCACGCAAGACAAGAAGGUUAAUGACACCAAGAUCGGAGUGGUCGAAGCUAGAAUAAACAACCUCGAGCAGGGAAUGAACACGAUCUCAACUGCCAUAGCCAACAUCAACACUCAAAUGGAGCAAAUCCAAAAGAAGUUGGAUGAGGACAGGGCAAAGGCAGCCGCACGAGUGGAUGACAUCAAUAAGAAGUGGGUGGCAAAGCAGAAAACUGGGGACUGCCCAGUCGCCGGCGGACCGCCGCAACCAUUGCAGCGGGCCGCCGCUGAAGCGUCGAAUGGAGAAAUACCUAAAUAUGCGAAGCUACUAAGGGAGGCAGUGAUGAGGAAGAGAAAGCCGACAAAAGCCGACCUUAAGCUACCACAUCAUUGCAGCGAGAUCAUUCAAAAGGAGAAGGCAGUGAAGCAGAGAGAUCCGGGCCAAUUCAUUAUCCGAUGCCGGAUUGGAGAGGGAAAGGUUGACAAGGCCCUAUGCGAUUUAGGAUCUUCCAUCAAUCUCAUGCCACUGAAGUACUACGAAAAGCUCAACAUUGGGCCACUCAAAACUUCAGACGUAACACUCAGGUUGGCCGAUAACUCGUCCAUAAAAACUGUUUGUAUGAUUGAGGAUGUCCUAGUGAAAGUCGAUGAUUUCAUUUUUCCCGCCGAUUUUAUUGUGCUUGACAUGAAAGUAGACAAGAACGUCCCUCUAAUCUUAGGGAGAGAUUUUCUUGCUACUUGCAAAGCUUUGAUUGAUGUAGGUCAUGGCGAGAUCACAAUUAGCGAUAACCAUAGCCAAUCCACCUAUAAGAUCGAAAGCGAGAUGCUCAAGUUUGAGGAAGCAAAGCGGGCAAAGAUGGAACAGCAGUGUAGGGCAGUCAUGGUCACGGAUUUGACCAAACCCCAAGACCCCUUUGAAGCAGAGGAGCAUACUACCUCCACCAUCUACGUUGUAAAAGAGGUAAGACGUUCUCCCAAAAAGGACGAUACUAAUCCCUCCACCUCUAUCCCGCAGAAAAAGAAGCAAAAGAGGAAGAAGGCAACCAAGGAGGACCCCGAGAUUUAUGUUAUCAAAACAAAUAAGGGGAAAUACAAGUGGUGGAAGAAGCUAGGGACCAAGUUGCUCCCUAUGCCCAUUUUCAACACUCGGGUCGCUGAUCCGCCCAAUUAG